CUGGCCAGUGAAUUCGUGACGAUGGAGCGUGUUCCGAAAUAUCGGGACAAUACGAAGAAGUUAUAAUACCGUGGUAAAAUAAGCUGUUGUAAUAAUUUAGCUAAAAACCACGAAAAUCUUAAAAUAUUUAGUUAAGCAUACUUGCUUAAGGUAUUAGAGCGCUGCGAGAGACGACUGAAGCAGACGACGCUAUUGGUUUCUAUGAAACUGUUUGAAAUAGAUUGGAGGCAACUGGAGGCAACGUCACACUGUCAUUUUUCCUAUUUUAGAGUCUAGAUGAGUUCUACAAAGAAAAAUCCAGAUGGAACGGACAUAGAAUCAAAAACGAAUCACUAUGGUUAUAAAAAGAACUUCAGAACAGCCUUACCCCAGAUCCUUGCUGUGAGUGUAAAGAAUUUGCUUUUGUUAGGAUAUGGUAUGACUUUAGGUUUUCCUACAAUUCUAAUACCUGCCGUAAAGAAUCCAAAAGAAGGAGAAGUAUUAAAAUUAGAAAAUUCAGAGAUAUCAUGGAUAAGUUCUAUCAAUUUGAUUGUAGUGCCAAUAGGAUGCGCUCUCUCUGGGAUAGUCACCACCCCAUUGGGACGUCGGCGCGCGAUGCAAGUGGUCAAUUUGCCUUUCGUCAUCGCGUGGUUAAUUUUUCACUUUUCUGUAAACACUGCUCAUCUCUAUGGUGCUCUGGUUUUAACGGGAUUGGCAGGAGGACUUUUAGAAGCACCUGUACUGACGUACGUAGCAGAGAUCACACAGCCACACCUCCGCGGAGCACUUUCUGCCACAAGCUCCCUGUGCAUUAUCAUUGGUGUCUUCACACAGUUCCUUUUCGGGAUAUUUCUCUACUGGCGAACAGUUGCGCUCGUUAACAUCACUUUUGCGAUAUUGGCAAUUGUGAUGCUAUGCUUCGUCCCAGAAUCUCCACAUUGGCUAGUCUCGAGGCAACGACAUGAAGAAGCUAAAAAGAGUUUACAAUGGCUGCGUGGAUGGACAAACUCUGCAGCGGUUGAAAAUGAACUUGAUGACAUUAAGGCUUUAUACGUAAAUGAGAAAGUCGACACAAGAGAAAAAAUGUACGAGUCAAUAUCUAACAAAGCCGCUGUCUUUUUAGAAAAAAGUUUUGUUAUACCUUUUCUUCUUAUCUGCUACUGUUUUUUCGUGGGACAUUUCAGUGGAAUGACUACACUCCAGACAUACGCAGUGUCCAUAUUUCAGAUGCUUGAAGCCCCAAUAGAUAAAUACUACGCGACGUUGAUCCUGGGUCUUCUGCAAAUGUUGGGUUCAGCGGUUUGCGUAACGCUUGUGCACUAUACUGGCAAGAGGCCUCUCACAAUAUUUUCAACCGCGGGGACAGCCGUAUGCUGCCUUUUGGUAGCCACGUAUGACGUGUAUAUUACACAAAAUGGUGUGAACCCCGUUGGCGCGGCCGCCACACCAACAACAUUAUUAAAUAACAAUAGUACAAAUACUAACUUCACUAUGACUGAUUUGGUUGUGACAAACUCAUAUUCUUGGAUACCGACCACGUUACUGAUGCUCUUAGCACUCAUAUCACAUACUGGAAUACGAUUACUACCUUGGAUUCUGAUUGGAGAGGUAUUUAGUGCCAAAACGCGAUCAGCAGGAGCCGGACUCGCUGGUGCAAUGGGAUACAUUUUAGGUUUUCUUACCAAUAAAAUGUAUAUAAAUAUGGUGGAAACUAUUUCCAUAUAUGGAACUUACGGCUUCUACGGAAUCGUCUGUCUGUCAGGUUCAAUAGUUUUCUUCUAUAUUUUACCAGAAACUGAAGGCAAAAAAUUGAACGACAUCGAAAACCACUUUGCGGGAAUAAGACGAUUGACUAAUGAUGUUUACCGUUCAAAGAAUAAAUCAUCCAAGGAAACAUCAAGAAUGGAAGUAUUAAAAGGGGCUGACAAUCCCGCAUUUGAGGCAGAUUCUUCAAAGUUAUAAACAUUGAAUACCAGGAAAAAAGAAAGAUCAUCAUAAUCAUUUUUUUUUUCUGGCGAUUUAUUAUUUUUAACCACCGAAAAAGGUUGCUACUGUGGUGCUGGAAAAGACCACAGGGAAAUACAUUAAGUAAUAAGUUAAUAAUUAUAAGUACCUACCCUUGAAAUCACAUACGGCUUUGUUUAAAGAUUUUUAAUUACAGUCUCAUGCUCAAAUAUAAAUCUCAAAACGUUAGUACUGUAUCAAAAUUUACAAAAAAAUACUCCAUGUUUUAGCCAUAGUGCAUUCUUGCAAUAAACAAAUAUGUUUUUGAAGUGCCAGGUGGUUUUAAGCCAAGGAAGAAAUACUUUGCUAAUUCGAACUGUUCUGUGAUAGUGUUUUAAUCAUUCUAUAUUUAAAUCAUAUGAUUAGCAGAAACAAAUAAUAUAUACUACUUUGUAUGGUAACAUUCCUUAAGGGCGCUUGACCGCGCUAAAAAAAGUCGCCGGGUCUAUGCAAGAAUUCGUGUCGUGUCUACACACGAACUAUAAAAAAAAACUUGCCUGCCCCAUGACAUGACUCGCUCUGCUGCUAUUUGUACGGGGCGGGGUGAGGUUUACUGUCAGUAAACGAAGUUUAUGCGCGUGGUACAAGAUAUACAACAUAAUAUACCAACAAUAUAACAUAUUUCUUCCCACAGUGGGUAGUAAAACGACAGCUACCUGGAAGACUCGUAAUGCACUGACACAUUUUAUCCUACACACGUCUGUCCGAAAGCAUUCGUAUCGUGUACAUACUCAUCAU